GGAGGAAGAGGCUGCGAUCAGAGCAGCGGAGUAUGGUGGAGUUUUCUGACAGCAAAAUGCUGCCGAUGAUCUGUCUGCUUCACUGCAUCAAGUCUGUUUACACUUGACAGGAAGCGGACCCUAACCCCCCCCCCCACACACACCCCAUUCCCUCUGCCCUGCAAACACACACCCAAACACCCGGUGUGACACACACUCACACACACACGCAUACACACACCGUGACUGGGAGCGGAUAAAUGUGGACCGCAGUGGUACCGACAGCGUGCAGCCUGCAGCAGAGCGCGAUGCAACAGCAUCUCAUCAUCUGUGGCGCCGGGUAGCCGCUGCUGAUGCUGAGGCUCCAGAGACACGCAGCAGCGGGAUCUGGUAUGAGGAGUUGGGAGCUAUUGGCGGCAUCCCGUGGGCAUGUUUUUGCUCUGUGUCUCUGCUUUACACACAGACGAUCUGGGAGGCAGAAGAAAGACAGUCUAAAAAUAAACCACCAGCAGGAGAAAAACCUAAUUCCAACCCAACAGGGAGGGGGAAAAGACCUCUCUUUCACCCUGUCUGAGUCUUUCUCCGCUCCGUUUCUGUGUCCUCAUUAAGAGCUGAGGGGAGGUCAUGUCCCAGUCUGGAAAAGUUCUUCAUCUUUAUGUGGAAGUGAGAUCUGCCCCAGAUCAGGUCAGGGAGAGCGACGAAGGGAUUGCUCAGAGGAUUCCAGUUGAGGACAGUCCUGCCGAGCUCCUCUCCCAGCUAGCGAGCCAGACAGCUGCCGGAAGGACUGCCACAAGUCCCCAAUGUGUUCUGGACCAGAAUCACAGUCAGUCUCCAUCUCGACACACUGUCAACUUUCAGCUCCAAACAUCCAGCAGCUCACCGUCAGCCACCAAGCGCUGGGGCUCACCUCUACACUCGUCCCCCUUCUCUAGAAGAGUCGGCCGCCCUCUCACUCCUCCUGAUGGCCAGCGAUCUGUGGUCAGCUUCAGUUACGUCGAAAAGUCCAACGUGAAGACGUUGGACAGUUCACGCAACUCCAUGUGCGAGAAACAAGUGAGAGAUGAGCGGUCCACGCCAUCACGCUUUCAGAAGCGUCUCAGUGACCAAGUGUGGUUUGAAAGUCCCGGUUCGUCGUGCAGCUCAAGCCCCAAACUGAGUUUCCAAUCUCCAGAGAGUCACCAGCAGACCUUCUCCCCGGGUCUUCGACAGCCGCGCUUGGAUCCGAUUGGCAGAGCAGCUACACAGAGAGCGGUGGAAGAGUUCGGUUCACCCUUACUGAGGAUUAAAUUGGCCCAUGCACUCGACCUCGAAGCCUCCUCACGGUACGGUCAACAGCAGCGCUGCCAGUCCUGGGCCGGGUCUCCAGUCCAGCAUCAGAACAUCAGAGUGAAUCCCAAAGAGCUUACAGAUAACAGUCAGGCUAUUCAUGGGUUGAGAAACAUCCCUGGAUCAGACCAGUCCGGAAAGGCGUCAGAAUCGAGGUCCUCUGCUGACCUUCAUUGUCCCCUUCAGAGUUCAACAGAGGAUGGGAGGAUGGCACAAAGUCCAGCUACCAAAAGACACAAGAAAACUUCUCUGCAGGAAUUAAUCUUUCAACCAGGCAAUAACGGAGUCGAAGGUUUGAACCAGUUGAGUGGCAGCAAACCUUCGUCCCCAGUUCACAGUCCCGAAGUCGCCCGCCGGCUAGCGGAGGAAGCUUCCAGAGUGUCUUCGAUGUUGACGGAGGCCAGGAGAUCCUCAUUGCACAACCAUUCUUCAGGCAUGAGCAGCUCAAACUCUGGAGAGUCCUCUCCAAACGCACAGCACUUUAAGCAAACGCUAAAGAUGAACAUCCCUUUAAAUGAUCAACACAUGCCAGCAACUGAAAACACAGACUCUCACCAGCCGGAAAGCUCCAACUCUUCUCAUGGCACACGUCAGGAGGAUUGCUUUCAGGAAGCCCAGCAUCAGAGCUCAGUUUUAUCAGCACAGCAGAGCUCCCCGGCGCUCCCCUCUCGAGUCCUCCGACCUUCUCAUCCGCCCACUGAGAUCAGCUCUCCCAUCAGAGACCCAAGGCUUCUCCAAGCUGAGCUCCGAGCACCAGAAAGCCCCACCCUGCAUCGCUGCCAGCCUCCCCAGUACACCGGGGACUCCUGGUCCCCAAGCCUGGACAGGAGCGGAGACCUGAGCUGUUUCGAGAAAGAGGACUGCACAGAGCUCUCACGCAGACUCUUCAUCAACCAAGGCGUUGAAGAGGGGCCGGUCAGCUGGACGUCCAGGCAGCAGUGGAGGAACCAGCUGGAGAAUGAGUCUGGGUUCGAGUCCAGCGGUCACCAGCAAACCGGCCGACUGAGGCGGCCGCUCAGCCCCACGGCCCAGCAGAAACGAGCCGAGCAAAGGAGGAGGGAGAUUCUUUUGCUCGGGCCUGUGGUGCUGGACUCUGAAGAGGAAGAUGAGAGCUGUGAGGAUGAAGGGCACGGCGAAGAGGCGGAUGGAGGUGAUCCCAGGAGGGCAGGAGAAUCUCCAGAGGCGGAGCAGAACGGAGCAAUGACGGGGUCUUCCUCUCGGAGCUCCAGCGGUGUGACGGGGAGCUUCGGGGACAGAGACUGCUUGUCCCCAGAGUCCAGUCAGUCCAGUCACCAGAGCAAUGAGACCGGUGUCGCCACUUCAGGAAUACAGACGGACAGUGGAAGUGCAGCUCCUGUUCCUUCUCUGCACUGUCAGAAGAUUGCUCGGGCCAAAUGGGAGUUCCUGUUCGGGACCUCUGCAGAGGAAGCUACUGGCAAAAGGGAUAAAAAUUCCCUGGAGGCCUCCACAGCGCCCCCCAGUGGUAACUCCAGCGAGUCUCCCACCCCGACUCCUCCAUCCUCCCUGCCCCUGCUGUCGGCCAAUCACGACGUUCAGCACGUGGAGGUCGAACUGGUGACUCCGCCCCCUGCCGCCAUCGGGUCGUCCCCCAAAACGGGCAUCAUUCGCCGGACGCUGAAGUAUUCCGAAACGGACCUGGAUGCCGUCCCGCUCCGCUGCUACCGCGAGACGGACAUCGACGAGGUUUUGCUGGCGGAGCAGGACGACGCCGACUCCGCCUUCGGCAGCAACCGCAGCGUGCAGGGCCCAUCUGGGGCGGGGAGCAGCCCUCUGAGGGGGCUGGCCUAUAGGAGGACAGGUGGGGAGGAAGAAGAGGGGAGUGGGGAUGAAGAAGAGAAGGAUGAGGAAGAGGAGGAGGAAGAGGAAAUGGUGAGCUGGGCGAGCGUGAGGAUGCAAGGCGACAGCAGGAAGCAGCGGUUUGCUGCUGAAGAGGACCCAGAGGUGUUUGGACAUCUUCUGACGAGACCAAUGGAAACAUUUUUUGACAACCACAACCCGGCACUCAAGUCCCCCAUCCUGGUCUCCGGACCCCGCUGCGCCGCUGAGGAUACCUUCAGCAGCCAUUUUGAGAGCAUCAUGGAGUCCCACCGAGCCAAAGGGACGUCCUACAACAGCCUGGACAGCGAGGAGCUGCUGACCUCCAGCACCCAAACUGUCCUGAGCUUCGAUCUGCCCACGCUGACGCCCGCCAUCCACGGGCCGGUGUGCCAGAGCGCCCGUCAGAUUGUGCAGCUCAGCUUCGCCCCGUUGGCACACCACGAGAGGCCCAGUCUGUCCGACUCUAUCUUCACGGUGACGGGGGACUCGGAUGCCACGCGGGCUCCCUCCAGUGAGAGGCUGAGCAGCGGCUCGGAUGACGUGAUGCCAAGAGGGCGAGAGUGUGCACAGCUGGGGAGCAGCUGGUACAUCAACCCGUCUUUCUCUUUGUCCAGCAGCAGGGAGAAGGCCCGUCUGGCGACGGACUCCGAGCUGGACCAGGACCUCAGUGACCGGCUGGGUCUGGGCAGCAGCGACACCCUCACCAACGGCAGUCACCGUGGCGACGUGGCAGCUGCCAAACGACUCGCCAAGCGUCUCUUUCACUUGGAUGGAUUCAGGAAGUCGGACGUGUCGCGUCACCUCAGCAAGAACAACGACUUCAGCCGCAUGGUUGCAGAAGAGUAUCUAAGUUUCUUCAGUUUUUCCGGCCUCACUCUUGACCAAGCACUGCGGACUUUCCUCAGGCAGUUUGCUCUGAUGGGGGAGACUCAGGAGAGGGAGAGGGUGCUGUCACACUUUUCCAGACGCUACUUGGAGUGCAACCCAAAAGUCCUGCCAUCUGAGGAUGCAGCUCAUACGCUCACCUGUGCCCUGAUGCUGCUGAACACCGACCUCCACGGUCAGAACAUUGGCAAGAGGAUGUCAUGCACACAGUUUAUUGGCAACCUGGAAGGACUGAACGGUGGCCAGGAUUUCCCCAAAGACCUGCUCAAAGCUCUCUACAACUCAAUCAAAAACCAGAAGCUGCAGUGGACGCUAGAUGAGGAAGAGCUGCGGAAGUCGUUUUCAGAGCUUGGGGACAGCCUCCUGGACUCUGACGCCUCCAGGCCGAUGAAGAGGGUGGGCAGCAGCGGGAAGCCCCUGUCGGACGGGACGGACCCGACGGGGAUGCUGCUGUACAAGAACGGAUUCCUGGUGCGGAAAGUCCAUGCUGACUCAGACGGAAAGAGAACACCGAGAGGGAAGAGAGGCUGGAAGACUUUCUACGCCAUCCUUAAAGGGCUAAUUCUGUAUCUACAAAAAGGCGAGUACCGGCCGGAUAAGCAGCUGUCGGAUGAAGACCUGAAGAACGCCGUGUCCAUCCAUCAUUCUCUGGCAAUGAAGGCGUCAGACUACAGCAAGAGACCCAAUGUCUUCUACCUGCGGACGGCUGACUGGAGGGUUUAUCUCUUCCAGGCACCGAACGCUGAGCAGAUGCAGUCCUGGAUCACGCGUAUAAACACGGUGGCCGCCAUGUUCUCGUCUCCUCCCUUCCCAGCAGCCAUCGGCUCCCAGAAGAAGUUCAGCCGACCGCUGCUGCCAGGAACGAUGUCCAAACUGUCCGAGGAGGAGCAGAUCAGAUCCCAUGAAGCUCGGUUCAGAGCCGUCUCCACUGACCUCGCUGAGCUGCGGUCUUUUCCUCCGGACCGCAAGGUCAAAGGCCGGGAGCUGGAGGAGUACCGCCUGCGAGACGAGUAUCUGGACUUUGAGAAAACUCGGUACGGGACAUACAUCAUGCUGCUGCGGGCCAAGAUCCGGAGCGGCGAGGAGGACCUGUCCGUGUUCGAGUCGCUGCUCCUGGAGGACAGCAGCCUGCAGAGGGCGCACUCCAGCCCCACGCUGCAGGACAGCAGCCUGGCCAGCCAGGCCAGCAGCAGCCGGGGCACCAGCAGCAAAGCCAGCGCCUGCAGCAGCAGCAAACCUCGACAAGAAGGACAGAGGAACAGCUACAGACAGGCUGUCAAGAAGUGAAGCAAGGAGGGGGCGCCGGGAGCGGCACGAAGUCGCUCUCCCAGCGGCAGGCUGUCUCCCAGCGAAGGCUUUUAUUUGAGAUCCAGGAGGGUUCGGAGCUCUGCUUGAAGGGGGAGCAGGGGUGAGGGGCUUACCCCCACGCCUUCCCGCUGCCACGACGCCCCACCCGGCACCCCAGUCUUCUCGUGUGGCCGAGGAGGUGCAGAUCCAGCGAGGAUGUUGGUGCAGGAGGUGGGGGGAACAGCUGUGAGGUCAGAGAGGAGGAGGUGUCUUUGAAGAUGGACGCUGGAUGCGGCGGCAGCAGCAAACGGCACAGUUCCUUAAAAAGGAUGCUUCCAGAUCAAAUGGGACACCACAGGGACCUACAUUCAGCAUCCUUUCCUUUCUCCCCUCCCUUUUCUUCUUUCAGGGCACCUCUCCAGCCACAUCCUCACAACUUUUUCCACGACCCUUCAACUCUGUUAGGGACCAAACAUGUUUACACACUUUGAACUGUUGCCUCAUUACAGACGACUCAAGAUUUGGUUUUUAGUCUUACCGCCACUCCGACGUGAAGCGCUGUAACAGACUUUUAAAGCAUCACUACGUUGUUCUUUUGGAGCCUCUACAUUCCAGCUCCGUAUUUCCGUUUAUUCUCACGAUGCGUUCACAUUCCACACGCACGAGUUGGGAAUCGCAGCUUUUAGCUCCAGUAAGGGCGGCGUGAAGUUCAAUCAGCGUCGCUGCAGAGAAACGCCGUGACGAGAACGCGGCUGCUCGUUUCUUUUGGGGGGGUUUUCUGGACAGCUAGAGCCGACGUCCGCAGAAGUUCUCGGUGCGAUGCAGCCACAAAACUGCAUCUCAAGCAAAGAGAGAGUUUUUUUUUUUUUUUUCGCUCUACUUGAACAUAUCUUUUCUCCUGUUUGCUUUUGCUUCUGUCCAGUGAUGUGUUUAGUUUUCUUUCUUGGGCGAAUGUUUUUUUUGUGUGUGUUUUUUUUUUUACCCCUGCUGUGAUACGCAUGCCUGCAUCCAGCACAGCUUCUCUUAGGGCUUUUACUACUUAGACAUAAAAACAAAACAAAAAAAACUGAGAGUCCGAGCUUCUCCCAGGGGCUGUUCAGUCAUUCUCCUGCCUGUGCCAUACCCGACGCGUGUAACCUCCUGUCUGUACCGCUCAUUUCCAGGCCGACACUCACCGGGCAGACCGUGAAUGUUGAUAUUUUUAAGGUAUUUUUCAGUCGUCUGUUGUUGUUGACCCCUGCGCCCGUCAGUGUAUGAGCAUACGAUCAAAUACGAUAAAGGAAACUUGCUAUCCAGGACGUGUUGUACAGUAUAUAAUGCACCUGCUUAUAUUGUAGGAUAUAUGACGGUAUAUUUGCAAUAUAUUCAGUACACUAUUGUGAAGAUGCAUUAGGAGCAAACACAGAAAACUACUUGCUAGUCCCAAAAAGGGCUGAAUGAUAAUCAUGUGAUUUUGUUUUUUUUAAUUAUUAUUAUUAUAAAGUAUUUAGAAAGGCAAUUCUUGACAGGUUACACUAAUUUAGUCUGUUGCAUUAAAAAGCUUUCCAAUGCUGAAACCUAUUAGCAUGAUUUUAUUUGGAUUGGGGCUGAGGAUGUAAAAGAUGCAUGAAGAGAGCAGGGAACAUGAAAAAAUGAAAAAAAUUAUAGAAGAGGAAACAAAGAAACUUUGGGAUUUGUUAAGAGUAGAAUAGUGUGGGUAUUUUUAGUAGCCAUAGACACCUCAUAGCAUGCAGGUGUAUCUCAGAGAAGUUAAAUAUUGUUGAAAAGUUUAUUUAUUUUUUUUUCUCUCCAGUAAUUCAAUUCACAAAGUGAAACUCAUAUAUAUUUAUUAUAAACAGUCAUAUAUUUACAAUUUGGUGAUUUUGGGUUACAGUCGAUGAAAAAUUUACUUUCCUAUUUCCAUAAUGGAAAGUUGAGUGGAAGGAUGAAGUGUGGUAGAGAAUGAUUCUUCUUCUUUCUGUCUUUUUUUUUACACACAAAUGUUAGUCUUUGUGUGUAAAAAAAGAGUAACACUUAGACUUGUGUAAAUUUAGGCAGGGUUAGAGCUAACCCUCUCUAUGGGGUCAGGGCAGCUUGCUAGCCACGUUAGCACAGCCGUUGAAUCAGCUUUUGCUACCUUUGGCAUUGUGGAGAGGUGCUUAGUUUUUCUGGAAAAUAAACUCAGCAUCUCCAUAAAGAAAAACAUGGAACAUUAGUGCGUGAAGCAAUCUAAAAUUCCCUGGAUGGUUUAGCUGACGUUAGGCCUGAGAAAAUACGGUGGACCAACACCACUCGAUGUCAAGGUUUCCCAAAUCAUCACUGGCCGUUGAAACUUCACACUGGACCUCGAACAAUAUGGAUUCAGUGGCUCACUAAUCUUAUUUCAACCUCUGUGUCUAUGAUUUCCAAAUGAAAAAUUGACUAUUAGCGGAAAAACAGUUUAUUUUUUUUACUCACUCUGCUAAUGUCCGACCUUCGUUCUUAUUAGUCCAGGUCAGAACCUUUCCCCCUGCUUUAGGACAGAAGUAACAUAAGAAAUGAGAUAUUAAUGCACUGUGUCCUGGAUAUACUGUAUCUGUGUAGAAGUACUGACUCCUCGUUGCAAGUUUUUCCUUCCACUCAACUUUCUAUCAAUGUUUUUUUUUUAACUUAAACCCCUUGUGGAAGAUCUCUGAUUGUGCCACCCAUAACAUAACAUUUGUGUUUUAGAAAUCCUUUGUUUCUUGGAUUAAUGUAAAAUCAAUUUAUUUUGAAGAGACAGAAUUUUGAGUUUAAGCCACGAUCAUCAAAAUUACCAGAAGAAGAUCCGUCCGGUAUGAGUUUGACUUUACAGUUGAGUUUCUGAAAUAAAUGAACUUUCUGAUGGUAUGUUGACUUGUUGAGAUACAGCUGUAAGUUGAUGCACAGCCAUUUUCUACUCAGGCUUUUCGAGCAGCUGCAGUGCCAGCGUCCAACCAGCAGGGAGAGCUGUCAGCAUUCACUUGUAAUUCCUCUUUCAGCCAUAACCCCACCUGCUGCACCUGCAGUGAAUAUGCACAGCAUCUCCCACUCACCUGGGGAAGGGGAUGGGGACCGCAGGGCUACGCGACACACCGGACCUGUUUGUGUUAACCUUUUUUGUGAGCCGCAGUGCAUGCUGGGACGGUGCUGGACGCUCCGAGGAGCUUCGAGACGCUUUGGUUUUGUUCGUCCCAGCCUCCGUCCAGCAUCGGCUCCCGUAGAGCAUGAGUUAUAUCAGUGUGUACAGUUUCUAAAGCGAAUGAUUUAGUAUUCAGCGCUGCACAGUGUUAACGCGUCAGUCACGUUUCUGUUGCAGUGUGUGGCUUUUUCCUCACCUGUAAUCUUUAAGCAGCGACUCAAACAUUUCCAAGUUUUGCUUUGGAGGGUUUAUAUCUUUGUCUUGAAUGGCAUCAAACGAGCUCUUUUGUUUUGGAGCAGAUUGUCAGAAAAGACUAAAGGACUGUUUGUGAUGCUUGUUUUUUCCUCGUACUGCCUGGUGUUUUGUGAACCUGAAAAGGUGAGGAAAUGUUUGUAGAAAAGGUUCGUAAAUAACGACGGUUUCAUCUACACGUCAUGUCUCUCAUUUCAGCGGCUCACUCUGAUAGUUUGAAAAGUUGUUUUUUUUUUUGACAUCUUGUUGCAAAAACCAUCAUCCAGUUGAUUAACUCUGCAGUUAAACUGCUAAAAAAUAUUGGAAAAAAACGAAUUUAUAAUACAGUUAUAAUCUAGCAAUGCAGCUGCAGCUCAUUUCUGCUCUUUAAAUUGUAAAUUUUUAUUAAGAUUUUAUUAACUGCUAAUGAUCAUCAGAGGACUUUCAUCUAAAAUGUUUGGAUUCCAAACAGCUGCAGAAAGAGAUGAAGUUUAAAUGUGUUGCUAAAAAAAUCAAAGUAAAUCACAACCUUUAUAUGUGUUUUUAUUCUGUUUUAUAUUUAAUAUAAUAAUCCUAAUGUUACACAUUUUAACUGGUUUCUGGAGAUUAACUCAACUUGAGAACCACUGCAUUUUCCUGCUUUUCAUUUUUAUGUUUGACGUAAAUGAAUGCGUCUCCUGGUUAAGAGUUUGACUUACAUUUUUGUGCUGCGUCUGCUUAAUGUCUGAUAUCAGAUUAAGUUUUUAUUUAUGGUUUAAAUCAUCUUUAAUUACUGAAAACACUAUGAUCUACAGUGCCUUGCAAAAACUAUUCAUGCCCCUUGAACUUGUUCCUAUUUUGUCACAUUACUGCCACAAACUAAUAGAUGUAUUUUAUUGGGAUUUUGUGUGACAGAUCAACACAAAGUAGUGCAUGGUUGUGAAACUGAAGGAAAACAAAACAUUUUUUACCAAUGAAAAUCCAAAAGGUGUGGCAUAUGUCACACCUUAUGACAAAAAUUCAUGUUUUAAGCUUUCAAGCAAAGUCGAGUUUAUUUGUAUAACAAGACACUUCAAAGUGCUUUAGACAAUAAAACCGUAAUAACUGUUUAUGAAACAAUCACCAAACAUUACAUUUUGUCUAAAAUGCCAUCAUAAAAUAUAUUGAUCAAUAUGUUAAUCAAUUUCCAAGUGGUUUUUAAUCAAAGGCACCUGUAAACAACUGGAUUUUUAGCCUCAAUCUAAAGUAGCGCAGUGUUUCGGAUCUUUAGCAGGUUUCCAGAAGUUUGUUUCAGACUGCUGCUUCAUCUUCUUAGGGUCUGACAGAAAAAUGUCAAUAAAAUACACAUUUUUGUGGUUGCAACAUGACGAAAUGUGAAAAGUUUCGAAGCAAGGGACUGUAACUUUAAUGAAAAAAUAUCUUUUUCUCAAGAAUCAAAUCCUUAUUAAAUGUAGUAACGAGAGGAGCAUUACGUUUGGCCUGUCUGAGCUUGUUGAUCAGAAUUAAUCAGAACCAUUUUAGGUGUUGGGUCUUGCUCCAAACAUGUGGCUAAACUCUCAAACAACCCAAAAGUCAACCAUCUUCAUCUUAUCUGAUCCGUGAAAAGAGGCAGUGCUUCAUUUAAUCUGCAUAAAUCUGUUCGAAUACAUGGCGCAAUUAAUAAAAGACAACAAUAAUGAGAGUUUGUUCUGAUACAUUAAGUGUUUUUAAGUGAAUUUAAAGAAACGGCAAUGAAUGAAACAGAGAGCAGCUGCUGGAAACGGUUUGUGAAGUUAAAGUUGCAGGAUUUGUUUCUGUUAACGCAGCAAUGCACGCCUGAGUGAACUGUCCUAUAAGUGUUUCCAUCACUCAUCAUCAUUUCUGAAUGUAAAUAAAGCAUGAGAUCUUAUGGCCUGCUUUUGUUUAUAUUAGAACACUAAAUGAAGGGUUCACAUAUUAAGUAGGUCACCAUGAUUUACUCUGUUCAAGCUCAUGCUCACCUUUAUUUAUUUUUUUCUAUCGACAAAGGAAAUGGCUAUAUUUAUUGCUGUUCUACGCUGUCGUGUUUUAGAGGCUCAGAAAAAUCUUUUUACAUGUAAAGUUCUGAUCCGUCUCGGUGUGUUUUUAGACUGGUGCAGGUAAGACGAUGUUCUUUUGAUGCUAAAACAGUGAGCUACAUGUGUCACUGCCUUGUUCAGUCUCACCAAGGAAAUGUCGUUUGUGAGCUUCUCAUUUUUGGGAAUUCUAGAGGAUAAAAAUAAAAGUGUUUGUAAAGGUUG